AUGGUCGUCUCCCGGUCUCCCGCAGCUACCCAGGCCGUGGAGGGACAAAUAAGGUUUGGGGGUGUCCAGCUGCCUCUCCAAGACGACAUCAAGAUCCUGGGUGUGGCCAUUGACCGGGAGCUGCGCUACGACCAGCACCUCGCGUCUGUGGCCCGCCAGACCUCUCAGUGUGUGUCAGCCCUCCGCAGGGUGGCAAGCAACCUGGAUCCCCAAGGCAUCCUGACGCUGUACAAGGCACAGAUCCGCCCUUGUAUGGAAUACGGAGCCUUGACGUGGAUGUCUAGUGCUGUCACCCACACCAGGCGACUCGAUGCGGUGCAGAGGCGCGCUCUCCGACUGCUGGGGGACGAUGAGGAGAUCGCCGACAGUGUGAAAUCCCUGGAGCACCGUCGCGAUGUGGCAGCUCUGACAGUCUGCCACAAGACACAGGUGCUCCACACUCCUCACCUCACCCGCCUGUACUUGCCGCCUCACCACGCCCAACGCGCGACGCGACAGGCAGCGGCCGGAAGACGUGUGACGGUGCCACGUUCACACACGUCACAGCAUCUGAGGACUUACAAGGCCAGGGCAGCGCGUCUCUGGAACGGCUUCACGGAGGCCACGCCUGGUGUGGCAGACAUGUCAAAUCACCAGGCGAAAGUGGCUGCCAACACCUGGAGGGGCACACUCCCCACGCCGUUCCUGUCCAGCUCCUCCUGUACAUAA